UGUGUGCUACUGCUAAUAGUAAAACUGCCAAGCUAGCUAUCCAUUUUAUUUUGGACUGAGGUUGCUUAAAUAAAUUAUUUAACCGAUGUUACAGUGUUCUAAGGUAGGCCUACCAUAUCCUAAGCUUACCACUACAAGCAUGUUAAGGUUGUGACAAUUCCAAAAUGGAUGCUAAUGCUGGCAAUCGCACCACCCGCUUCAUGAUGGAAGGAGUGGGGGCUCGUGUGAUACGCGGACCUGACUGGAAAUGGGGUAAACAAGAUGGUGGGGAAGGGCAUGUGGGGACGGUUCGUAACUUUGAAAGCCCAGAGGAAGUGGUUGUGGUGUGGGACAAUGGAACAGCAGCUAACUACAGAUGUUCAGGGGCUUACGACCUUCGUAUCCUGGACAGUGCUCCUACUGGAGUAAAGCACGACGGGACCAUGUGUGAUAUGUGUCGACAUCAACCGAUCUUCGGCAUCCGGUGGAAGUGUGCCGAGUGUGCCAAUUACGAUCUUUGCUCAAUCUGCUAUCACGGAGACAAACAUCCGCUGAGGCAUAGAUUCUACAGAAUCACUACCCCUGGCAGUGAGCGGGUGCUUCAAGAGCCGAGAAGGAAAAGUAAAAAGGUGGCAGUACGAGGUAUUUUUCCUGGGGCAAGAGUUGUACGAGGAGUUGACUGGCAGUGGGAGGACCAGGAUGGGGGAAACUUACGACGAGGGAAGGUUAACGAGAUACAGGAUUGGUCUGCGGCCUCGCCUCGGUCAGCUGCUUACGUUGUGUGGGACAACGGUGCAAAGAACCUCUACAGGGUUGGCUUCGAGGGAAUGGCUGACCUUAAAGUGGUGAACGACGCCAAAGGACAGACUGUCUACAAGGAUCAUCUCCCGUUGCUUGGAGAACAAGGUCCAGGCAGGGCAGGACCUCACGGACUACAGAUCGGAGAUCAGGUGAAUGUUGAUCUAGAGCUAGAGAUUGUACAGUCUCUACAGCACGGCCACGGCGGCUGGACUGACGGAAUGUUCGAAUGUCUGGGGUCGACUGGCACAGUGGUGGGGAUAGACGAGGACCACGACAUAGUCGUCAGCUACCCCAGUGGCAACCGGUGGACGUUCAACCCCGCAGUGCUCACCAAGGUGGCGGUGGCAGUUGCCUCAACCAGCACUGCAGACAGUCAGACAGUGUUUGCCGUCGGAGAUCUUGUGCAGAUUUGCUCAGACUUGGAGAGGAUCAAGAUUCUGCAGCGUGGACAUGGGGAGUGGGCAGAGGCCAUGGCCCCUACAUUGGGAAAGAUAGGGCGUGUACAGCAGAUUUACCAUGACAACGACCUGAAGGUUGAAGUCUGUGGAACUUCAUGGACCUACAAUCCAAUGGCAGUAACAAAAGUGGCAUCUUCAGAUGGAACAAUGCAUGGAAACUCCAGUGGAGAACGAUUGAGUGCUCUCUUGAAGAAGUUAUUUGAAACUCACGUCUCAGGAGAUGUCAAUGAAGAGUUGGUAAAAUCGGCUGCUAACGGAGACGCACAGAAAGUGGAAGAAUCGUUGAAGAGAAUGGAUGCUGAUGUGAAUGGGGUAUUUGGAGGUCACACAGCUUUGCAGGCUGCGAGUCAAAAUGGACAUUUGGAAGUAAUCAAAAUCCUUUUAAGGUACCAAGCUGAUGUUGAAGUCGAAGACAAGGAUGGGGAUAGAGCUGUUCACCAUGCUGCUUUUGGAGAUGAGCCCGGUGUGAUGGAGCUUCUGGCUCACGCUGGAGCUGACUUGAACGCUAGGAACAAGAGACGUCAAACAGCUCUUCACAUAGCGGUCAAUAAAGGUCACGUCGGAGUUGUGAAAACGUUACUCGAACUUGGCUGUCACCCGAGUCUGCAAGACUCUGAAGGAGACACUCCUCUACAUGAUGCGAUAUCCAAGAAACGAGAUGACAUGCUGACCCUUCUUCUUGACCACAAUGCUGAUAUAAUGUUGACCAACAAUAACGGUUUCAAUGCUCUUCACCAUGCUGCAUUAAGAGGUAACCCGAGUGCAAUGUGGAUUCUAUUACUGAAGUUGCCAAGAAGGUGGAUUGUAGAUGAGAAGAAAGACGAUGGGUACACAGCAUUGCACUUGGCCGCUUUGAACAACCAUGUGGAAGUGGCAGAGCUGCUGGUACACCACGGGAAGGCCAAUAUGGAUUUGCAAAAUGUAAAUCUUCAGACUGCGUUGCAUCUCGCUGUAGAAAGGCAGCACACACAGAUUGUCAGAUUGUUGGUCAGAGAAGGUGCGGAUUUGAAUAUUCCUGAUAAAGACGGAGACACUCCUCUACAUGAAGCUCUGAGGCAUCACACUCUUUUCCAGUUGAGGCAGCUUCAAGACGUACAAGACGUGGGAAAACUCUUGGUCGGCCUGGGGAGUCAAGGAGCAGACAAAAAGAGUUCUGCAAGUAUCGCUUGUUUUCUGGCUGGUAACGGAGCAGAUUUAGGUGUAAAGAAUAAAAAGGGUCAAACUCCACUGGACCUUUGCCCCGACCCGAACUUGUGCAAGGCUUUAGCGAAAUGCCACAAGGACAAAAACACAGAUCAGAUCGAACCUAGAAAUCCCGAUGACAACAACGAAGACAUCACCGACGAGUGUUUGGUCUGCUCAGAUCUGAAACGUGACAUGUUGUUCAAACCGUGCGGCCAUGUCGCAUGCUGCUCUGUCUGUGCGCCAAGGGUAAAGAAGUGUUUGAUAUGUCGGGAGCACGUCGCGAACCGGUCAAAAAUUGAAGAAUGUUUACUAUGUGCCUACAAACGUGCCAGUGUUCUCGUCAAGCCUUGUGGUCACAUGGUGGUCUGUGAGUGUUGUGCACCCUUGAUCAAAAAGUGUGUCCAUUGCCGAGCUCACAUAGAAUCCAUGGUCCCCUUCAACGUGUGCUGCGGUGCGCCGGGCGAGUCGACAGAGAUCAGCAAUGAAGUGGUGGAGGAGUCAACGUCAGUCACGUCCCCGACGGAGCCUGUGCUGAUGAACAACGGAAGCAGAGACACUUCUAACUCCGACAUACAGAAACUGCAGCAGCAGCUGCAAGACAUCAAGGAGCAAACAAUGUGUCCUGUUUGUCUUGACAGACUGAAGAACAUGAUCUUCCUCUGCGGCCACGGAACAUGUCAGAUGUGCGGAGACCGAAUGUCAGAGUGUCCCAUCUGUAGGAAGGCUGUAGAGAAACGAAUCCUCCUCUACUAAGGUUACACUUCUGGAACAUCACGGGAACCAGUGGAACAUAUCGGAUUUCCUAAUACAGUAUGCUACUGUAGUUCAGAUAGAAUUUUGCUGCCACACUUGACAGUAGGCAGAUAGUUUGCGGUCAAACUAAACAAAAACAUAGCUUUCAACAGUCAACUGAUUCUUAUUGCAUACUAAUUAAUGGGUAUGUUUAAAAAUCAAGUUGUAAUAUACUGUUUGCCACACUACACAGUAAGCAGCUGGUGCCUGGUCUAUUUGUAAACAGGAAGGCCAUUGUUUACAGAAAAUCAGCUGAAGUCCAGUCAAUUUACCAAGCACACUCAAAAAGGGAAAGAAUGAGUUUCUUCUGUAGGUUCCCAAUGAAGCUACACAGUAAAUAUUAGACAGGCACAAUGACAACUUUGAUGAAAAAUACUAGAUAGGUGCAAAAACGUGAACUUUUUAAGUUGAAUAGUCGGUUAAAAUGUUGUGUUUAAAUAUUGUGUAUUUGUUGCUUGUAAUGUGGCGAAAAGUAUCGUAAGUGACUCUCAUGGGAAUGGCCUUUUUAACGGUACUUUCAUGGAAUACUGCAAACUGUCACACUUGUACUGUAAACACUUACUUCCAGGCCUUGUGGUGUAAUAUACCAUUUCACCAUUUCGUAGUAUUUUGCCUUGAACCUAGAUGAACUAUGGUAAGCAUUGAUGCAGAGCGUGUUAUGUUUCCUCAACGUAGAGGAGUUGUAUAUGUAUGUCUUUCUCCUGUCUCUUCUGAAGAUUCGAGUUUAUAAAAUAGAAUGUAAUGAUGCCAUUGUAAAUAAUAAUAAGAUGCCUAUGCUAGAUGGUUAACCAACUUUUCAGACAGAUUUCUGCCAUCUGACUGAAAUUGAAUGUUUUUGUAAUGCACGUUGAUAAAAUCACUACCUAUCGAAAAUAAUAUUUACCUUUGGAAUGUUAUACUGCUUUUGUAAUUGUAUUAUAUUAACUAAUAUUAAGUAUAUUGUUUUAAUUUAUAACUAUACACCUUUACAGUUGCAGAUUUUUGUUGUAGGCCUAUCACCCACUAAUUUAUUAUGAUUUUAAAAGUGUUUAUUUAUCUUAUAUAAUUACUAUGCCAAAGCCAAGUAACAUUGUUUCCCACACUACACUGUAAGUAGCCAGUUUCUGAACCCGUUGUAGAUGAAAAAGUCGUUUACAGAAAGGGACCAGUGAAGUGAGCUGGAGUUUGGUAAAUUUACCAAUAACUUUUGCGUGCAACUUCCACAAACUCUCAAAGGAGCUAAGAUAAUAUAUAUUGGACAGGAUUAGCCAGACCCAUUGCACUUUUACAAAUUAAUAAGUUUUGGAAAGGUUUACAAAACGUUUUUAGGGCACUGUAUAUAUUAAACAUUGCUGUGUAUGGGUUGUGUUUUACUCAUCCUGUAUAUUUGUAGCUGGAAGUUUGGCAAAAAUGUUAAUGGGAAAGUUAUUUACAGUAUUCUUAAACUAUCAUGCUUGUACCGUAAAAAUCUACCCACCAACCUUGUAGCAUUAUACUAUUUUCUAUUUGUUGUUCUCCAGCUCUUAUUACAUGUAAAAAGAUUAUUAUGUUGGUCUAUUAUUUUACUAAAAUCAGUUGUUCAUGUAUGCUUUGGAAUGGUUGAAAUUUUGCUAUUACUAGGAAGUGUUCAGUGAUUUGUAAAUAGCCUGCUGUAUUAUAACAUUUAACAGUAAUAUGUUUAAAUAUAUUUUUAUAAAAUUAAGUUUAGUUUAUUAUUAAUUUUCUUCUUUCUUAGAAUAUAAUUAAAACUUAUUAACUUAAGGUUUUCGCACCAAAUUUGCCGAUAAGUGCACUUGUUACUUGUAGUAAAAAUAACUCUUCUGGUAAAUAAAACAUACACAAAAUAUCACAGAACAGUAUUCAUAGUAGCCGACUUUUUAUAACCUAACGCAUUUAAUAAUUUACUCGUAAAAAUUGCUGCUAUCUUAAGUGCUUUCUUAAUGCUUUAAAAACUUAACACCUUUGAACAUUUGGCUCAAACAUUAUACUAUUAGUUCUUUGAUUUUUAUUUGAAAACCAUUAAUUCAUCUUCCACUUUAAGCCUUUAAAAAAAACAUUGCCACAAACAAAUUGAGAACCUCCUCCUUUUGUUGGUAGUGCAGAAGUCAGAAAAAAAACACUCUUAAUUUUUACAGUCUUCUGCUGAAUGCUGUUCUUUUAUAUGUAACAAUAUUUUUAUUUUUUUAACCCCAUUGUUUUUGACAGACAUAAAGACAUUGACUUGAGAUACUGAAAGUAGACUUUCCAUUUGGUUGUAACAUUUCUGGCAGGUACCUAUUAGUGUGAUUUGAUGCAUGAAAACUACAAACUUUGGUUAAAAUAGUUUAAUAAUUAUUUCCCAAUGGGAUGUUAUACAUGUAGUAUUUACAGAUAGAUCUGCCUGAAAAUAAAAAAGCUCUCCAACUCUAAAUUUUUCAUCAUCAAAACAAUUGUCAACGAUUAAUUGGAAAUUCACAAACAAUUUGCGAAUUUGUAUAACGGACUUCAAACUAUUACGACACCAUACUUUUUUAUUAAACUUCAUGGCAAAGAGUUGGUUCUACUUGUUACUGCGUUUUUUCUUUAUAUAGAGGUUUAUAUUUAUUUAUGUAUCAUAUUGUAGCUGUAUUUUUCUUUUAUAGUUCAAAAUAAACUAUUUAUAAAGUUU